AUGAAUACAUUCAAAUCUCAUAUUAAAAUAGAAUCUGAGCUUUAAUUAAAAAAAUUAGAUUUCAAAGAAAUCUCUCAGUAAUAGUAUCAUUUUACUAACAUUUUUGUUAAAUUUCCUAUCAUCUUCAUUAACUUUCUUACAUUUUCUACUGGUAUUUUCGAUGAUUUAUUGGGAAAGAUAUAAAUAAUAGAAAAGCAGAGGAGAUAUAAUCUAUGA